UGAGCCGACCCGACCAAGGUGUGUUUCUAGCUUUAAGUGGGCGUGCCUCCUUCCGGGAGAAAGAGUGAAAGCAAGAGGGUUAGGAGAAGGACGCGGGAUCCUACGAAUCAGAGAGCCCGGGUGCGGCGGGUGGGGAAAGGCAUUCUGGGACUCCAAAGACGCAGAACACUAGAGCUGCUGGCGGAAGGGGUCGCAGUACUGCAGCCAGACCGAACCCGGGAGAAGCGCACGCCUGAACUACAAUUCCCAGCAGCCCGGGCCAGGAGACCGCUCCACGCCGCGCAACGCCCGCCGGGAGUCGGCCGCUACCUCCAAGAUGUCGCAGGCCAAGAAAAGGAAGCUUGAGUCUGGGGGCGGCAGCGAAGGAGGGGAGGGAGCUGGAGAGGAAGAUGGCGGGGAGUUUGAGGUAUCUCCGCAGCGACCGCGGAGGACUAAGCGCGAGCGGGACCAGCUGUACUACGAGUGCUACUCGGACGUGUCGGUCCACGAGGAGAUGAUCGCGGACCGUGUCCGCACAGACGCCUACCGCCUGGGCAUCCUGCGCAACUGGGCAGCGCUUCGAGGCAAGACGGUGCUGGACGUGGGCGCGGGCACCGGCAUCCUGAGCAUCUUCUGUGCCCAGGCCGGGGCCCGGCGCGUGUACGCGGUGGAGGCCAGCGCCAUCUGGCAACAGGCCCGCGAGGUGGUGCGGCUGAACGGGCUGGAGGACCGCGUGCACGUCCUGCCCGGCCCGGUAGAGACGGUGGAGUUGCCAGAGCGGGUCGAUGCCAUCGUGAGCGAGUGGAUGGGCUACGGACUGCUGCACGAGUCCAUGCUGAGCUCUGUGCUCCACGCCCGGACUAAAUGGCUAAAGGAGGGCGGCCUCCUCCUGCCGGCUUCCGCGGAGCUCUUCAUAGCUCCUAUCAGCGACCAGAUGCUGGAAUGGCGCCUAGGCUUCUGGAGCCAGGUGAAGCAGCACUACGGCGUGGACAUGAGCUGCAUGGAGAGCUUCGCCACGCGCUGCCUCAUGGGCCACUCUGAGAUCGUGGUGCAGGGUCUGUCGGGCGAAGACGUGCUGGCCCGGCCUCAGCGCUUUGCUCAGCUUGAUCUGGCCUGCGCCGGCCUGGAGCAGGAGCUGGAGGCCGGGGUAGGCGGGCGCUUCUGUUGUAGCUGCUAUGGCUCGGCGCCCAUGCAUGGUUUUGCCAUCUGGUUCCAGGUGACCUUUCCAGGAGGGGAAUCGGAGAAACCCCUGGUGCUGUCCACUUCGCCUUUUCACCCAGCCACUCACUGGAAGCAGGCGCUCCUCUACCUGAACGAGCCAGUGCAAGUGGAGCAGGACACGGACAUCUCAGGAGAGAUCACGCUGCUGCCCUCCCGGGACAACCCCCGACGCCUGCGUGUACUGCUGCGCUACAAAGUGGGGGACCAGGAGGAAAAGACCAAAGACUUUGCAAUGGAGGACUGAGCAUUGCCUUUUCUCCCAGCCAUCUCCUAAGGCAGCCUGGCCGGUGUGGGAGAGACUUUGGGAGGUCGGAGGAGAAAGGGAGACCCCAUUUACAAGUACUGCUUCAUAGCAUGGCUGUACAUAAAGAAUAUACUGGACACCAGAUUAUCCGAAGCAAAAUCAAGAUCUUUGGAGUGUGGAUAUCUCCAGAAGAAUGAAAGUGUAAGAUGUAUCAGUAUCCAGGCACUGUCUGAUCUGUGGACUGGAACCGAUUGCUUGAGGCCAUUAGGGUUGCAGGCAGGAAUUGCUGGGCCCAAAGGAGAGGAAAACUAAAAUUCUACCUGCUUGCCUCACACAGCUUCUGUUUAUUUAGCACUGUGAAAUUUUGUAAAUAUUUUCAUUAAUUCAUUGGACCAAUGAACAUUUAAUCGAGUAUACAAUGUCUUUUUUUUUUGGUACCAGGGAUCAAACUCGGGACCUUGCAUUUGUUUACAAGGCAGGCUGCCGAACCACUGAGCUAAAUCCCUGGCCCUCGAGUAUACAGUGUAAUAGUCAUUGUGAUAACCAUUCAGGAUACAAACCAAUAGAACUAGAUUCUACCUUCCGAUAAACAUCUUCAUAAGAUAAGCUACUAAAUAAAAUUAAUGAUAAUGGGCUAACUAGUAGGAUGCUCUUGCUGUUGGGAAGGACGGGUAGUUAUCUCUUGGCUUUACAUAUUAGAAAACAGUUUACACAAAUGCUGAGUCACCAAAGGUUCCAAACCUAAUUCUUGGCAGUUACAUCUUGAGCACAAGAUUUUGACUUCCUAACCCCAAAGACAAAUUGUGUUUUUCAUUAUAUUAUACUGUUCAGUUAAAAAAGACAAAAAUACCUCCUGAGUGUAUAACAAGUUUUUUUAUCAUUUAAUGAAUGAAGGAAA